CUUAAAAUGAAUAUAAUUAUGUUCAGUUGAUAGGUAUAUACUCAUAAUAAAUUCGCUAAUAAAAAAAUAGGUAUUAUCUAACCAUCAACAAUAUCAAAAAGACAAAAAGUGCGAAUAUACUGAGCGAAAACUGCAUUACAGUUUACCACGAGCAUAACUGGGACCAGACACGCCGAAAUAGAACACUACCUAUAUCAAACCGUGCUGUUUCGUUCCAUCAUGCGCUUAGACUUUUUAGGGCCUUGCUUCGACCGAAAAGUCAAGAGCGCUUAGACGUAUUAAAUUCGAAUAAGAGGAAUAGGGCUUACUGGGGUCGAUGAUAUAUAAAUGAUAGAAGGGCAGUUCCUUUUACUUCAAUAAAGAGCUUAAGUUCUCAUUUGCCAUUUGCUGCCAUUAUCAAAUGUUAUCGUUCUAAUCUAGGCCAAGGAAAGGUUGUCGGUACCAUCAAUGGAUAAUUAGCACAAAACUAGAUAAGCUGACAUCUCAUACAGAGAAAUAUUGAACAACUGCUACAACUUCCUAGCAAGUCUCUGGUUGUGCUGCUUGUCUGGUUCACUCUGGUGGUGAGUCAUGCUGUCCCUGUGUUUCCUACCCGCGCGGGCGGCCGUCCCCUCGGCUCGCCUGGUCUGCGUUCGCGCCGCCUCCGGUCAGCCGGCGGCCGGCCGCACAGACGACCCCCAGUUCCGACCUCUGGACAUCGGCCGCCGGCGCGAAGUGGUGCAGCAGGCGCGCGAGCGGCGCCGCGCCACCCUGCCACCGCCGCGCCACGAGCGUCAGCCGGUGAACCAGCAGUGGGGGGACGUGUGGCCGGCUCCCAGGACCUUCCACCCGGACGCGGUGCCACUGCCGCUCAGACAGGGCUUCGUGAAGCGGCCCAACGCGCAGGCGCCGCCCGGGAAACACGCCAACGCCGAGCUGAUGAAGAUUGCGAACUUCCUCCACCUCACACCGCCGGUUAUUGAGCGCCAGUGUCGCGCGCUGGCCAAGUUCUGUACCCCCUGGCCGGAGGGUCUCACUGACGAGCGUUUGGACGAGCUCCGGCCUCUGGAGGUCAUCACUCAGGAUUUCGUACACGCGUCGCCCACACUGCGACACCCGGAUGCGCGCGUGGUCUCGCUCAAAAUACCCCUCUCCUGUCUGGAUCUCACCGAAACGGACCGCGACAAGCUCCUUCGUCUAGUCGGUGAUCGACACGACCCGAAAACAGACGUCAUCACCCUCACCGCCGACCGGUGUCCACUGCGUCGUCAGAACCGCGACUACGCUCUCUACCUACUCACGGUCCUCUACUUCGAGAGCUGCAAACGUGAGCCGUGGGAAGCGGAGCUUCGCACGGUUGCCGAUGCUGAGAAGUUCGUGUGGGCGGGAUCGGCGUCGGAGGCAGCCGUGGCGCCUCUUGGGGCUGCUGCCGAUGUGGUUAACAGCUAUGGUGAGGCCGUGACACGAUUACACAACGAGGGAGAGGAUGAGAGCACUCUGGCCGAGUACAGGAAGGCGGUGGUGGCGCUGCUCGGCUUGCCUGAACAUGUGGGCGCGAACUGAGACGUGAAAAGACUGAAGGUGUUGCGGACUGAGGUGUACAGAGAUAGUUGGUUGUCAUGGAGACGAAUUGAGUUCUGUCUCGCGACGUGGGACGGUGGAUUGUAUGUGUGUGUGUUCGCUGGGCAAGAGUGUUAAAUGUUAGGAAAGCAGCGGGAGAUGAAAUAGGAAGACUUUCUUGCCGACAUUGGAUGAUGUUUCUUUGCUGAGGAGGUUGAAUGGCUUUGCUGAAUGGCUAUAGGGCACGUAAGCACGCUUUAAAUUCGGUACAAGGUUGUUUAAAGGGAAAUUUCGAUGAUGUCCAGUCCUUUUGUAAGCAUCGAAUUUUGUGAAUGUACACGGGUCAUGAAAUUUUCCGUUUUGAUGUAGUGCUGUUUUAUGUGACAAUGCUGACUGUCAUAGUGACUGUCAGCAAAAGUCUUAAACUGAUAGUUCUUUUUUUACGAUUUGCUUUGAUCGUGCAAUAUCUGUGUAGCAACGUUUGGAUAGGGCUCUUUUCAAGUGAACCCAGAUACGAAUCUAUUGCGAUGAUUUAAUAGCAGUAAUGCAUAGCUCUUGCGAAUAAAAAUCAAACAGGCGAAUGUUUGUCGUAGAAAUAUAAAGUCAGCCAACACAUUCUUUCUCCCUCUGUGCUUCAUGAAUAUGAUCGUUGAGUUUCGGUGUUGCUGGAAUGAAUAGUUACGAGAGAGCUUGCACAGAAGGUCCCUCCAAAUAAACUUUAGCUAUGAGUGAUAA